GCACGCUUCAACAGCAGGGAUCCGAUGCUUGAAAUGACGACGAAGUGAGUGAGGAGAGAUUCAAGGAAGCGAGCAGACGACCAGGACGACAAGAUACCACCCCCACUGUUGGAAGAGAGCAGAGAGCAUAAUACAAGAUGGUGCGCCCGAGGAGAUCAUCCGCUGCAAGCGACGAGUCGGGGGGGACGGCGCGCGAUCAGGAACUGGGCAGCAUGUACGACUACUUAGCAAAGAUCAUUUUGCUCGGGCCCAGUGGAAGUGGGAAAUCCUGCCUUUUGCACCGCUUCGUGAAGAACGAAUGGAGAAUCGUAUCCUCGCAGACGAUAGGCGUCGAGUUCGCAAGCAAGAUUAUAAGAGUCGGAACUGGCGCGAGAAGGAAACGGAUAAAACUCCAACUCUGGGACACAGCAGGCACCGAAAGAUUCCGCUCCGUCUCACGCUCCUACUACCGCGGCGCCGCUGGCGCAAUCCUAGUCUACGACAUCACUUCCCAUAACACCUUCACAGCCCUCCCCUCGUUCAUGAACGAUGCACGAGCCCUCGCAUCCCCGAACCUCACUCUCCUUUUGGCAGGAAACAAAGCAGACUUGGCAGACAGCGGGACACUGAUCGAUACAAGCUCGCCUUUACCGCCUGCUACCCCGUCGAGCAUCAGUAGCAAGGCCUCGUCCUUCCCCUUCAAUGCUGGAGGGUCGGUACCGUCUACAAAUGGGUCUGCGUCUGGGGCUGGAACCCUUGGGCUGGGCACACAAUUACGGGCGAGCGUGGCGCCGGAUGGGAGGGAAGUGAGUGCGGAGGAAGCAUCGAAGUGGGCAAGCAGCAAUAACGUCCCUGUAUCUGUCGAAGUAUCAGCCUUGAGUGGAGAGAAUGUUGAUGAGGUAUUCAACCGGCUGGCGAGGAUGAUACUGACGAAGAUUGAACUCGGAGAAAUUGAUCCUGAUGAUCCUAUGAGUGGUAUACAGUAUGGAGAUGGAGGGUGGCAGGGAGAUGGUGAUGGAGCGAGCGUCAAGAGUGGAAUGACGGUCGAUGAGGGUGCGAGGAGAAGGAGGAAACCGAGGAGCAGAAAUGGAUGGGGUAUAAGCGGUGGAACUUUAGGUGGGAUGAGAGAGUGGGAAGAAGUCUUCACGCUCAGCGGGAGUCGGAGAAGAAAUAGAGGAUGCUGUUGAAUCUGGACCGCCGAGAAAGCAGAGGAGAGGCCAGUACAUACCUGUUGUAAGAAAGAUUUCCUUGGUUCGUAUAUACGAUUCAUUCUUGCUCAUAGCUAGCUCGGGACCUGGCACGGCAUUUGGUGUUUCAUUAGCCAGUACCAAUAGAGGGUCAAGCAUACCUCUUCUUUCGUUUCGCUCUUUCGGUUAUCAAUAUUCUCAGCGAGGCUUUAUUCGGGAUUGCAGAUAACAGUAUAUUUGUUGUUGAUAUUGAGCUAGAGGUAGCGUGAGAUAUUAGAGUAAUACAAUAAUAAUCCUUUCAUAUCAUGGGCACCUUUCGAUGCCUGGAACGUAGGGUGCUAGUUACUUGUCUCUUUCCUCUCAGUCGUUCAAGCGAGGUGCUUUCCAGAUGUUCGACGUUUCCUUCAAAACCAUGCGAAAUAGAUCGCGAAUUUAUUUAUCUCUAUCAUGCUCGCUCGCAAAGGUUGGCUCACAAAAAUCCCUGAGGUGGGUUUUAGUUGCUGUUUGUACCCUACCAAUUGCAGCGUGCCCUAUCUUGGUUGAUGUGUAGUCUCAACGCAGUGCAGAGCAGCGCGUACCAGCCGUUCACUUCCUUCAAUCAACGCCCCUUUGAACAAAUGUCCUUCAGCAUUUCUAGCCAGCCCUCCCUCAGAUUCCCUUCCUAGCAGCAUCCCCUAAGGCACCCUUAAUCGCCUCCGUCGCCCCAUGCAACAGCGCAAACAACAAUUUCCCCUCCCAUAUCAUGCGUCCCCACCCGGGAAGUUUACUACUACCUCUAUCAUUAGCCAACACCAUUUCCAGAAAUUCGCCCAUGCCCUUCCUCUUCUCCUUCUCAUUCACAUCUCCACCUCUACUUCCAUGCCCACCAUUUCUCGCCCUGCUUUCCUCUUUCCUCUUACUCAGACUUUUCCCCGCCUCAUCCUCCAAGUCCUGAACAUACGCCGCAUAGAAAUCUGCGAUAUCACGAACCAAGUUGUACAGGCUUUGAUCUAUGAUACCUUUGCUCAGACAAACGUGGCAGAGCUGUUUUCCGAGGCUACGGCCGUAUGUAAUGGCACUGAGAAUGUCGGGUUUCGAUUCGUGCGUUAACCAGGUGUGUAAGAUGCGGGCGAGGCUAGAGACUUCGUUGGGUGAGGCGUCGCGUGCGGGAAUUGGUGGGAAGGGAAUGUCGCUUUUCAGGUGGCCCUGUAUUGGAGCUGCAUGUCAGUGGUACUGUCUUGAAGCUAGAUACACAAGAUUGGAUGUUUGAUGUGAGAACACAAG